CCCAGCAGAGGUGAUGGAGAGCUGCAUGGCAUCACUGCGAUGUGCUGGGGCUGGCAGUGAUGGGGAUGCCUGAACAUGGGGACACUGCUGCAACUUGGGGCUGAGCUCCAGCCACACAGAGAUGGAGAUGCUGUAGGCAGCAGGUGGCUGAGCAAAGCAGGAACCCACUGCUGCAUUCAUUAAGUCUGCUUGAGGGUGCCCAGGCUCCAGGGAGAGGGGAAGUGAGGGGCUUGGGGAGUGCUUGGGGAGCAUCACACUGAGGUUUUGCUCCUCGUGGCAUGCAGUAAGCAGACCCCACGUGCCAAGAGCUGCGCAGGGCAGCUGCCAACAGGGCUGUGUUAGGGCGAUUAGCACCACGGCACUGUUAAUUACAGACAAGCUGCAGCCACCAUCUGCUGCAGAAGAGAUGGGAUGGGGGCUUCACCACCCACGCCAGCCUGGUUCCUCCCUGUUCUCUUUGCACGGUUUGCUCAGGGCAGUUUACGAGACCAGCACGUGGGCACCCCCCGCAGCAAGCAGCACCAGGCACCAGGGCACCUCCAGCACCCUCUGCACAAACCUCUCCGAGGCAUCCUCUGAGCUCCUGGUGCCAAGGAGGAACCUGGCCACCUCCAGUGGCCACCACCUUGUUAGGGGCUAGCAGCUAUGGGCUGGUGGCAUUCCCAUCCCUCAGCCCAAGCUGAGGACAGCUGCAUGGCAUGGAGCACAGCGACCAGGGACUCCACCACCUGGAGACCCUCUCCCAUCAGCACUGCUCUCAGCUGUUACUUAACCAUUCCCCGAGGCUGGAGGUCUGGUGGAGGGCAGGAUUAGUGCUGGCCACAGCACCUAAUCCAGCUCAGGGCAGGAAGGCACGACGCUGCCAGAGGCUUUGGGAAAUCAUUGUCGUCUGUCUGUCUGCACCCAUCAGCUCGUCCUGCGGCAGUGUGUGCGUGAGUGGAGCUGCACGCAGCGCAGGGACCCGCAGGUUCCUGGCUGCUUGGCACCUGACUUACAAUGGCAGACGGAGCAAAGGUAUUCAAGAAGACCAGCCCCAAUGGGAAGCUGUCCAUCUACCUGGGGAAGAGAGACUUUGUGGAUCACGUGGAGUCGGUGGAUGCCGUGGAUGGCGUUUGCCUCAUCGACCCAGAGUACCUCAAGGACAGAAAAGUGUAUGUGACGCUCACGUGCGCCUUUCGCUAUGGCCGAGACGACCUGGAUGUCAUCGGGUUGACCUUCAGGAAGGACCUCUACGUCCUGACCACGCAGAUCUUCCCACCGGUGCCCGAGCAGGUGCCCAAAACCCUCACCUCUCUGCAGGAGAAGCUGAUGAAGAAGCUUGGCGAGAACGCCUACCCCUUCACCUUUGAGAUUGCCACCAACUUGCCCUGCUCAGUCACCCUCCAGCCUGGACCAGACGAUGUGGGAAAGGCCUGCGGCGUGGACUUUGAGGUCAAAGGGUUUUGUGCUGAAAACCUGGAGGAGAAGAUUCACAAGAGGAACUCAGUGCGCCUCGUCAUCCGCAAGAUCCAGUUUGCACCCAUGAAGACAGGCCCUGGGCCCAAGUCAGAGACCACCCGGCAGUUCAUGAUGUCUGACAAGCCCCUGCACCUUGAGGCCACUCUGGAAAAGGAGAUCUACUACCAUGGAGAACCCAUCAACGUGACCGUCAAUAUUAACAACACUACCAACAAGAUCGUGAAAAAAAUUAAGAUUGCAGUUGAUCAGAUCACAGAUGUGGUUCUCUAUUCGCUGGAUAAAUACUCGAAGACUGUGUGCAUGGAGGAGAUAAAUGAGAAUGUGGCAGCCAAUUCCACCUUCUCCAAAACAUACUCUGUCACCCCCACACUCUCGGCCAACCGUGAGAAGCGAGGCCUGGCUCUCGACGGCAAGCUCAAGCACGAGGACACCAACCUGGCCUCCACCACCAUCCUGAGACCUGGCAUGGACAAGGAGGUGCUGGGGAUCCUGGUGUCCUAUAAAGUGAAGGUCAACCUCGUGGUGUCCCGAGGAGGCAUCCUGGGGGAUCUCACUUCCAGUGAUGUUGGCGUUGAGCUGCCCAUCAUCCUGAUGCACCCGAAGCCUGCGGACGAUAAGCCAAGGAGCGAGGAGGACAUCGUCAUCGAGGAGUUCGCUCGCCAGAAGCUCAAGGGAGAAAAAGACGACGAAGAUGAGAAGGAGGAGGGCGAGAAGGAGGAGAGCUGAGCUGCCUGCGGACGGAGGCACCGGGGGAUGUAGACCUCGUAGCGCCCCAUACCCCUGUCCACCCUCAGCCCCAGCGUGCCCCGUAGGUGCCCUCCUGCCCCGGCCCUGCGCUACGGGCGUCGUUAGGUCCCACCGCCCACGCAGAGCGCGGAGCUCCGGCGCUCGCACGGCCCAGCAGCGGCCCGGGGCGCUGUCUCGUUUGUCACCGGCCGGAAUUACGCGAUGUUUUCGGUGUGUUUAUAAAUAAACCGACACGAAAUGGGAAAAGGAACCGCCUCGUCGAACUGUUACAAUGCGGCUGGGCUCGAGGUCGCCACCCGCCGCCGGGGGGCGCAGUGCCGCGCCGGUGACGCCAUCGCGGCGGCGGCGGAAG